AUGACGUGUGCUGACCACCAGGGGGUACGCUCGGAACAUGGUGGCGGCAGCCUCAGUGGGAUGGUGAAGCAGGCCUACGGCUUCCCGUGGCCUGGGCUGCUGCACUGCCACAAGUUCCCCCUGGACAACGACCUCUGCAUCGCUGUGCAGUUCGGGCACCUGCCCGCCACCGCGCCUCCAGUGACCAAGAUCUGCGCCCAGUGUGAGAUGGAGCACAACGCGGACGGCCUCAUGGAGCAGAUGUGCUCCAGUGACUUCGUGGUCAAAAUGCGCAUCAAGGAGAUCAAGAUAGAGAAUGGGGACCGGAAGCUGAUCGGAGCCCAGAAAAAGAAGAAGCUGCUCAAGCCGGGCCCCCUGAAGCGCAAGGACACCAAGCGGCUGGUCCUGCACAUGAAGAAUGGUGCGAGCUGCCCCUGCCCACAGCUGGACAGCCUGGCCGGCAGCUUCCUGGUCAUGGGCCGCAAGGUGGACGGACAGCUGCUGCUCAUGGCCGUCUACCGCUGGGACAAGAAGAAUAAGGAGAUGAAGUUCGCUGUCAAAUUCAUGUUCUCCUACCCCUGCUCCCUCUACUACCCCUUCUUCUACGGGGCUGCUGAGCCCCACUGAAGGGGCCCUCGCAGCUGUGCCUUGCCCCGUCCCUGCCCUGGGGCACACUGUCACCUCCUGCCCCGAGUGCCAGCACAGGCCCUGAGGGAUGGGCAUGGAGCCCAAGCUGUCCUUGACUGAGGGCUUUUGGGGUAUCUGGGAGCUUCCUCUCUUAAACAUAGGGCUUUUUCUUUUGAGGGGAAACCCCCGGUCUCAAAAAGUAGGCAGGGAGGAGAGACGGAGGGACGGGUAGAGGGGCUAUGCGCAGCCGAGCUGGUUUCUGGAGGGGACCAUGGUGCAGCUCCCCUCUGUUGGCGGGGGGGCUCACUAGGCACUAGGGUCACAGUGCCCUCCAGCCACACUCCCUACUGUCCCCAUCUCUGCCAGGUCCCUUCCCCCUAGACUGGAGAGAAGCCCAGCCUAGAUCUCCUCCCAUAAGCUCGCUUCUUGGGGUUCAUUCCUCAGCCCCUGCAUGUCCCCUUUAUCUUGACGAGUAACUUAUUGCUACUGCUGUGAGGCCACAGGUAGACUGAUGGAGGUAGGGUUUGGUGUUUAAUGGUUUGUUUUUUUAAGUUUUUAUUAAAUCAAAGAAAACAACA